GCCCGGGACCGGAGGCGGCAAACGUGCCCUGUUGCCUCACCGGUCUCUCUUCCGCUGCUACCUACCCACCCACGCAACUCACGAAGGUCCUCAAAGCCUCAAACCCAGACGACCAGGAACCUCCCAUACGCGACCAAAAACACGACGCUCAGCUCAGCUCCGGCUGCUGCUCCAAUGGCUUCCCGUCCUCCUCCCGAGCCUUCUUCCGACUCAAACAAGCAGGGGUGGGGCGACAACGAGGAGAUCCACGUCUCCUCCGGCGGCGUCCAGGCUUACACCGACGACGACGCGGACUGCGAGAGCAGGCGCCCCUUGCUGCUCGGGACUCCCGCCGCCGCCGAGUGCUACUCCGUCCCCGCCGCCGUCCUCCCGUUCCUCUUUCCAGCUUUGGGAGGCCUUCUCUAUGGCUAUGACAUUGGGGCAACAUCCGGCGCUACCAUAUCGCUCAAGUCUUCUAAAUUCAGUGGCACAACCUGGUACAAUUUGUCAUCUGUGCAAACUGGCCUUGUGGUCAGUGGCUCACUAUAUGGUGCUUUGAUCGGCUCCAUCUUGGCAUAUACUAUUGCAGACUUUUUAGGGCGACGCAAAGAGCUUAUCCUUUCUUCUAUCUCAUAUUUGAUCGGAGCCCUUCUGACAGCAGCAGCACCCAACUUUGCUAUCAUGGUGGUUGGCCGCCUUUUAUAUGGCAUAGGAAUUGGAUUGGCUAUGCAUGCUGCUCCAAUGUAUAUUGCAGAGACUGCGCCAAGUCGGAUAAGAGGCAUGCUUAUUUCUCUAAAGGAGUUCUUUAUUGUUCUUGGGAUGCUUCUUGGUUAUAUAGCAGGCAAUCUCUAUGUUGAAGUGGUUUCCGGCUGGCGUUAUAUGUAUGCCACCAGCACACCAUUAUGUCUCAUAAUGGGAGUCGGAAUGUGCUGGUUGCCCUCGUCGCCUAGGUGGCUCCUUUUAUGCGCCAUACAAGGGAAGAGAAAUCUGCAGGAGACAAAAGAAAUUGCGACCCUUUGCUUGUGUCGAUUGAGGGGUCAAGCUUCGCCUGAUUUGGUCUCAGAGCAGGUUAACUUGAUUCUGGAGGAACUGUCAUACAUUGAUGAAGAGAAGCAAGCUGGCUUCAGUGAGAUCUUUCAAGGAAAAUGUCUUAAAGCAAUGAUAAUUGGAUGUGGUUUGGUGUUCUUUCAGCAGGUCACUGGUCAACCUAGCGUGCUAUAUUAUGCAGCUACGAUCUUUCAGAGUGCUGGAUUUUCUGGUGCAUCUGAUGCCACUCGUGUGUCAAUUCUUCUUGGCUUACUGAAGUUGAUCAUGACCGGAGUGGCAGUCCUUGUGGUCGACAGACUUGGCAGAAGACCAUUACUCAUUGGAGGUGUCAGUGGAAUUGUAAGUCUGCAUUCUAGUGGAAUACAGAUAUCAUCAUGGAGGGUGUUCCUAUGGUUACUUAAUUUACCUGUUGAUUCUACUAUCUGCAGACGUUUCUGUUUUUGCUGUCUCUACUACACAUUACUGAAGAUGCCUCCUAUGUGGCUGUAUAAGCCCUUCUACUGUAUGUUGGUUGUUACCAGCUGUCAUUUGGUCCUAUAGGCUGGCUUAUGAUCUCGGAGGUUUUCCCAUUGAAGCUGCGAGGACGUGGACUGAGCGUCGCUGUUCUUGUGAAUUUCGCGUCCAAUGCGCUGGUCACCUUUGCUUUCUCUCCACUGGAGGAUUUGAUUGGGACGGGGUUGCUCUUCUGUGGAUUCGGGGUGAUCGCAGUGGCGUCUCUCGUGUUCAUAUUCUGGAUCAUCCCGGAGACGAAGGGACUCACCCUAGAGGAGAUUGAAGCGAGUCUGUAAUAGAUUAAUCCAGAAGAAUGUUCGUUCGUCCAAGUUCCAAUUAACUGAAGGAACUGCUGGCUGCUGGUGUCGUUUUGCAGCCAGUCUUCUGCUGUAGCUAGCUUAUUCGGAUUUUCUGCAAGCUGUGGUGGUAAUACUUAUUGAUUCCUGGUAAAGAUUAAUUCAUGAGGUGUACUCACCAGAGGAGCAUUGCCUUGCUGCUGUAGGCUGUAGAUCUAGCACUGUUGGUCACCCUAAAUAAGCAGUAAGCAGCUGUGUGCUAUGGGAUAAAAUGGCCAGUGUAUGGGCCUUGUGCUACAUGUUGUGGGUGUGAUGAAAGUGAUGUUUACACCGAGACGGGCUUCAUGCCAUUAAAGUCCACAAGCUUUCAGUA